AUGCAUGACCUCAAUUUUUUCAGAUCUGAUAGAGCAGAUGGUAGAAGUCUUCAUGGACGAUUUCUCAGUCUAUGGAGCAUCCUUCUCCUCAUGUUUGUCAAACUUGUGCAGGAAGGGAUUGUCCUUGGACAAAAGAUUUCCGAGAAGGGGAUCGAACUCGAUCGAGCUAAGGUGGAUGUCAUGUUGCAGCUCCCUGUUCCCAAGACUGUGAAGGAUAUCAGGAGUUUUCUGGGUCAUGCAGGGUUCUACAGGAGAUUCAUCAAGGAUUUCUCAAAGAUAGCAAGACCCUUGACAAGGCUUCUGUGCAAGGAGACAGACUUUGAGUUUGAUGAAGAAUGCCACAAGUCUUGGACCUUACUGAAGGAUGCUCUGGUAUCUGCCCCAAUAGUUCAAGCUCCAAACUGGGAUUACCCAUUCAAGAUUAUGUGUGAUGCAUCUGAUUAUGCAGUAGGAGCAGUGCUUGAUUCUUUUGGAGCACUUUGGACCAUAUGGGACGAGAGGAGCAAAGCAGGACUUGGCACAUGGACGCAGCUCAACUGGAUACGUGAUGCGGAGUCAGGUUUUACCAAACUCCUAGACCUCUGCAAGUGCACAGAUCGCGGAAGUAUGGGUAUCGAACACAAGGACUGGCUAUUGAGUACACUUUGUAACUAUGGAUUUUGGAUCAAGCUAAAACAAAAGUAUGAUUGA